AUGAAUUUGUCUACCCGCAUUACUGCUCUCGUCUCGAGGCCUAAAAACUCUUGGAGUUUACUGGGAGACAGCACAAAGCUUCAAAGGACGUUUCAAUUUAAAAAUUUCAUUGAAGCCUUCGGAUUCAUGACCUGCGUGGCACUGCGGGCUCAGCAGAUGAACCAUCAUCCGGAAUGGAAUAAUGUUUACAAUAAGGUAGAUAUUACGUUGACCACGCACAUGACCAAGUCCUUGACGGAAAAAGAUGUCAAGUUGGCAGAGUUUAUUGACACGAUUUGUGAAAAAUCUUAG